CCUCUCAUACACAGAAAAACAAGGAUCAAUCUUUCUAUUUUUCACUUCAUUCUUUCUCAAUAUUCCCUCCUCUUGCUCUCUCUCUCUCUACUUCUCCAUUUUGCAAUCCACAACAAAGGCCCCUUGCAAGCUCAUUGGUGGCAAAAUGGCGAAUUCCUCAUCUGGAAUGGCUAUCAGCGAUGAGUGCAAAUUAAGGUUCUUGGAAUUAAAAGCAAAACGAGUUUAUCGGUUCAUAGUGUUCAAGAUCGAUGAGAAAGCUCAGCAAGUGAAGGUCGAGAAGGUUGGGGAACCUAGUGAAAGCUAUGAGGAUUUUACUGCCUGUUUGCCUGCCAAUGAAUGUCGUUACGCCGUCUACGAUUUCGAUUUCACAACCAACGAGAAUUGCCAGAAGAGCAAGAUCUUCUUCGUCUCAUGGUCUCCAGAUACAUCAAGGGUGAGAAGUAAAAUGGUGUAUGCCAGUUCCAAGGAUAGGUUCAGGAGAGAGCUUGAUGGGGUUCAAGUUGAGCUGCAAGCAACCGAUCCAAGUGAGAUAAGCUUGGACAUUGUCAAACAAAGAGCACUCUAAACCCUAAUUAUAUAUUGUGACUUUGGCACAAUUGGCUUGGUGAAGAGAGCUAGCUAGCUAGCUAUGCAUAUAUGGUUCCAUUAUGAGUUAAAAUAGCUAGUGCAUAUAUUAAUGUCAUUGUAUAACUUCUACCUAUUGAUUUUUAG